CCCCGACCUCGGCAAGGGCGGAACGAACCCGCCAGCAGGAUGACGAAAAAAACACCACAGAGCAAGGCUUCUGUGCGCGCACUGCCCGGGCGGCGCAGGAGGCGGGCAGCCAUGCCCGCGCCGCCCCUCGCCCCCGAGGGAGGGACGAGGCAGCGGGACGCCCGUCACCACCCCCAGCCCCCAUCCUCGCGCUGCCGCAGAGCAGCCUGGGGCGGUGGCGGGCGGCAGCGCGCGCCGGUUGUGAGGUCAUCCCGCGCGGCCGGAAGGAGCGGCGCGGAGCGGCUCGGGGCGGUUGUUUCCGUUGUGGGGGGUGGCGGGGGGGCCCCGCGCGCGGAGCCGGAGCCGGAGCCGGAGCCGGGGCGGGGUCGGCCAUGGCCGCAGCGGCGGGAAAGGCGGCGGAGCCCCUGGGUCGGACGGCGGAGGAGGUGGCGUGGGCGGAGGCGCUGCGCGGGGCCUGCGAGCCCGAGCACCACUGGCGGCACCGCCGGGAGUUCCUGCUGCGCAACGUCGGGGAGCCGCCGGCGGCGGGCAGCGCCCAGCUCCAGCGCCUGGUGUCCCUCUCCAUGGUCUGGGCCAACCACGUCUUCCUGGGCUGCCGGUACCCGCCGCAGGUCAUGGAGAAGGCGCUGGAAAUGGCCGAAGGCAUCCAAGUGACCAGCGCGCCCGUCCGCACCACGAGAGAUGAACUGGUUGCCAAGGUGAAGAAAAGAGGCAUAUCAAGUAGCAAUGAAGGGGUAGAGGAGCCUUCCAAGAAGCGAGCUGUUGAGAAAAGCAAGGAUUCUAAGGAUGCUGGAAAGGAUGUAAAAACGACAAAGGCAGAAGCCCUAAAACAAUCAGAGAGUACACUGCCAAAAAAGCAGGAAAAAGAUACUAGCAAAGAUCCAGAAAGCUCCCAGUCAACUUGCAGUUCAAAUCAAGAAAUGAUCACAGCAUCAGACAUAGAAGCAGAAGGAAAACCUGCUAAUGCCGAAAAUACUACUGAGCAAAAUCCAUCUUCAUCUGAAAAAGAGUCAGGAGAGAAGUCUGGUGCAACUCCACCUAAGGAAAGCAAGUCUGAAAAUGUGCAGUCUCCUGAAAAGAAAACUACAGUAAGUGCAGUGCCGCCAGCUGCCAAGAGUGCCCCUCAGGCGGAGGUGGUGGCAGCGGCAGUGCCACCAACCACCAAGAGCACCCUGCAGGCAGCAGCGGUGCCAGCGGCAGCGCCACCAGCUGCCAAGAGUGCCCCGCAGGCAGCGGCGGCGCCACCGGCUGCCAAGAGCGCUCCGCAAGCAGCAGCAGUGGCAGCGGCGGUGCCACUGGCUGCCAAGAGUGCCCCACAGGCAGUGGCAGCGGCUGCCAAGAGCAGCCCGCAGGCAGAGGCGGUGGCAGCAGCUGUGCCACCAGCUGCUAGGAGCAGCCCGCAGGCAGAGACGGUGGCAGCAGUGGUGCCACCGACCACCAAGAACACCCCACAAACAAGUGCUACGUUGCUGUCUUCCAAAAACCAAGCGAGUGCCCCAGCAUCGGUGUCCAAGAGUGGCACUCAGGCAGGCGCCUCGCUGCUGCUGGCCCCCAAGAGUGGCACUCAGGCAGGCGCCUCACUGCUGCUGGCCCCCAAAAGUGGCGCUCAGGCAGGCACCUCGCUGCUGCUGGCCUCCAAGGGCACUGCUAAGCCAGGCUCCUCGCUUCUGGCCUCCAAGAGCAGUGCCGAGGUGGCUGCCUCAUUGCUGGCUGCUCGGAGCGGCGCUCAGCAGGGAUCCUCACUGCUGACUUCCAAGAGCAGUGCUCAGGUGGCUGCCUCGCUGCUGGCCACUCGGAGUGGCGCCCAGCAAGGUCCCUCGUCGCUGGCCUCCCGAGGUGGAGCUCAGGCAGGUGCUUCCCUGCUGGCCUCCAAGGGUGGCACACCAGCUGGUUCAGCACAGCUUGCCUCCAAGAGCAGCUCACAGGCAGGUGAGAGCCCUGCUAAGGCUUUGUGCAAGCCGUUAACCAGUGAAGAUGCAAAGGAAAGACAACCUUUUUUCAACAGACUAUACAAAGCUGUAGCCUGGAAACUGGUUGCUGUCGGAGGCUUCAGUCCUAACGUAAAUCACGCAGAACUUCUGAACUCAUCUAUUCAGUCUGUAAAAGCCACGUUGGAUGUUGCAUUUGUUCCCCUGAAGGAACUUGCAGACUUGCCUCAAAAUAAGAGCUCUCUGGAAAAUAUAGUUUGUGAACUGAGGUGCAAGUCUGUCUACUUGGGUACUGGUUGCGGUAAAAGUAUGGAAAAUGCCAAAGCAGUUGCUUCAAGAGAAGCUUUGAAAUUAUUCCUCAAGAAGAAAGUUAUUGUGAAGAUAUGUAAAAGAAAAUACAAAGGUAGUGAAAUUGAAGAUCUGGUACUUCUGGAUGAAGAGUCAAAACCAUCGAAUUUACCUCCGGCUUUAAGAAAUCCUCGUGAGAUCUUGUAGGGGAGGAUCACUGUUUGUACCGUGUAUAGUAUUUCAAGACAAGGACUAAAGGUUAAUUUUGUACUUCAAAAAUGUAGGCUUCCAGAUAUUUUGUAUUUCUUUCUCGGUUUUGCAAGACAAUGAUAGCCCUUUCACUCGGUAGCAGUUGUAUAAAACUUGUUAGAGAUGACAAGUGCGCGUUUAAAGGUAUGCCUUAACAUAUAGCACACUAGUGUGCUGUUUUAUUUGCAAAAUAGUCUACCUAAUUCUUCUAUUUUUAAUUAAACAAUUAAGGUACAAUUUGCUGUUUAAAACCUGAGAAUUUUGUAAUUCUUACGAUUUGAUGGCAGUCUGCUCAAUUGUCUACCACGUCUUUUUUAGCCACGUAGAAGUAUAUAUAUAUAGGGACCAUAAUACUUGAAAUGAUUGAAAGUUGUUUAAAAAUUUCAGUCAAAAAGCUGAAUCAUCUGUUUCAGGUGUGUUGCUCAUAAUGUUCACUGUUGCUCGUGCCAGGAGAGAAAAUAGUUGGUUGACUGUUUUUAUGGGCUGUCGUAACACUCGCAAUAUAAACGACACCCUGAUCCCGUUGAACGCGAUACUAGCAGGUUAGAUCCCCUUUAACGCUAUACUGACAGGUUAUCAAUUAGCAGUCAUGUUGCAGCUGCUUCAGCCACCAAAACUCUGUAAGCAGAUUUAAUUUAUAUUGUGAAAUAUCAUCUACAGUUUUUUCAAAUAAACAUGGAUUUCUACACUUCAGCAUAUUUUGGCUGCUACUAAAACAAUAAAACCUCUGGGAUAUGCUUUUAUAGUACUUUGGUUGUGGCUAUUAAAUAAUCCAGCCAUUUCAAUAACUUUGCAACACCUUAAGAAGAGCUUUACUUUGAGUGGCUUCGAGGUGUAAUCCCGCAAGGAUGAGCUGUUUUCUUUGGAUGCAUAGCUGAAAUACUGUAAAACUGCUAGAGCGGACCUAGAGAAUAUCGAUUUCUACUUUUGUAAUGCUUACCAAGAUAAGCAAAAUGAAGACGCCACUGUCUCCUAGAGACAGUGAGCGUGUUGUAAAGCCCUCGCAGUAUUUGAGCCCUUCCUUUUCUACGUUUUUACAGGAUGGACAGAAAGGUUUGAAGCAAAGAAAGUGGGAGAUUACCUUUUAUUUUCAAUGUUACUGAAAUACCUGCACAAACUGCAUGUUUUGAUAUAUUGGAUAAUGACAUGUAAUUGUAAAAACAUGAUGUCUUCAGUGCUAUUUUGAAUUAAUCUUGUCCGAUUACAGUAGUUAGCAUCAUUUAAUGGAGACCUUACACUUGACUGACAGAUCCGUUGAUCGAGUGCUACAGGAGUGAGUAGGAAUUCCUGGGAUCUCAGUAGUAUGUAUGUCUGCUAAAAGACUUCAAGUUCUAUUGUGAUUUUGGGGACUAAACCACAAUGGCGUUGUUACACUGUACCCUACGUGAUUUUUGAACAGCGGUGGCUGUCCGGUCCGUAGCACCUGGAGCCUGCAAGGCGCUCACACUUCCCAACGGCCGGUUGAGAACUUCCUCCGUCUGACCCCUGUGCGUCUGUGCCCUCGGUCGCCCUUUGCUCUGGUUAGGUUUCUCAGGAGUUCCCCCUCGGUGUUUCUGGAGCACCGCCCAACGUUCUUACGCAGUGUAAGAGUCGCUGUGUGCCGCUUCUAGCGCAGAGCGAGUUCCGUGCCGUGUUUAGGAGUUGUGGUGUUCCUGCCAGGAGGCAUGAGAUCUGUUUCAAAGCCUCACCCUGCUCAGGUGGAGACACAGAAUGACUGCUUUUGCUGGGCGGGAAUCGCGUCCUGUGCCCUCUGAAGUACCACUGUUCUGGCCGCUCCUCUGGGCAUCUCCAGCUCUCUGGUUGAGAAUCGCAGCGUGCGUGUUAACAAUGUGAAAUUCCUGUGUUUCCUGUCUGCAAAAGCCAAGCUCACAGUAUUUACUGACCUCAAGGGGGUGUGAGGGUAACUGUGCUGAAAGGCUGAGGUGCUAGAUGCCUUUUUUUAAAGUCCUGACUUAAGCUUACUUUUUUUAGAAUUUUUGAAUGUUACUCCUCUUUGAUGUUUGGUUGUGAUUCAUUAAAGGAUGAGUCCGUAGCUACUCUUAAUAGAAACUAAAA